UUUCUUCUCCGCCAUUUGCUCUCUCUUCCCGUUCAUGUUGUCUGUCUUCCUUGCUGAGCACAAGGAGAUGGGUGUUCCUCUUGAACAGAAGGCUCUUAGCCUCGAAGAGAAAUUAGUUUCUGUGUUUUUCGGUGAAGAUGUCGGCGACUCAUCAGAACCCGAAGAAUAUCUUGAAUCCGACGGCAAUGGCGACUCGUCCGACCCGCUUGAGAGGAACUUGUACUGGGAAUCACAAGAGGCUUUGCUUCAGGAGAUUUUAGAGCACUAUAACUCAACAAGCUCAAAUGUGCGGCAAGAGAUAUUCCGAAUCAUAGAGAUUGCUGGAAAGGAGGACUUUUGCAAAUGCUCAAAGCCAAGCUUUGAUGGUUGCAUCCACUGCUUUCGACGAGGAGUUGUCAAUUUGCUUUGUGACAAAGGCUUCAGGGCCACUCUCUGCACCUCAAAAUGGACACACACUAAAAAAUAUCCUGGAGGGUCACACGAGUACAUUGAAGUGAUAGUAAGCACACCCUCUCGAAAGAAGCAAAUGCCAUUUCUGAUUGAAUUGGAGUUCCGGGACCAGUUCAAGAUUGCCAAAGCCUGCGACAAGUACCACAAGCUUGUGAGCCAAUUGCCAGAGUACUACAUCGGAAAACCAGACUACCUCAACGCCAUUGUUCGUGUCGUGUGCGAUGCGGCCAAGAGGUCGAUGAAAGAAAAGAAAAUGCAUAUGGGCCCGUGGCGGAAAACAAGCUUCAUGCAAAUGAAAUGGUCAGGUUCUAUUGAGAGGUCUAUUUUGGAUGAAUCCCUGCACCACCAAGUUCCGUCCCUUUUGCUUAGGCAAGCGAGUGAGUCGUCAUGCUUACGCUUCGCGGCCGCUCCAGCCGUAGUUGUCACCUAAUUUCUCUGGCCGGUCGCCGUCCACAAUUUUGUCUCUCUUUCCGGGCUGCUACUAUAUAUGUUAGGUAGCAUAUAUAUAUAUAUAUAUAUAUAUUGCUAGAGUUCUGUAACUUAUAUAUUUACUGCGGUUGAUGAGACUCUAGAAGAGGUCGCAGUGCACUAGAUUACUAGUGCAUGUAGAAUAUGUACGAGUUCCUAAGGGGUAGUUUAAUCGGUCGUGAACCACGCUUCAUGAAGUGGAAGUUACUAGUUUGAAUUUUUCAUUUCCUUUCUUUGUGUGCCAUUCCCUUGUGUGGACAUGUAAAAAAAAAAAAAAAAAAAAAGGGACAAUGCUUAUAGAA